GUUGGGUUUGAUCAGGGUUGGAGCUGAACUCUGCAAGAAGGUAGAUCUCCAGGAACAGGGUUGGGCACCCCUGUUGUCAGGAAUAAAUGUAAAAUUGUAGUCAUGGGAAACCGAGGAUUUCUGAACCGUUUGAGGCGUUCAUUACUCGAAGCUUUUUAACACAGUGCGCAUUAGCGACAUCUGGUGGCCAGACUCGGUUACACCAGCCUAUCUAUCGAAACCUCGCGGAGCAGAGGAUGGUUUGAAAAAGCUACUUAUUCUAUUUCUAGAGAGCUCCAGAGACAGUGAGACUUGUCCUAUGAUCAAAGUAUUUUAUUGUUACUUGAAGCUACUGGAGGGACUAUACUUAUUUGUUCUGGAAAGUGUAUUUGAGAUGAGUGAUGGAAUCCCGUCUGAUUCGUUUGUAUUUUACUCAGGCGUAUGCAUGGGUGUCUCUGUGGGUCCUGGAGCAGCAGCCGUCGCUGUUUAUUCAGCAUGUGAUAUUGUUGAUGUGAAUGGACGUUGUUAGAGUGCUGUAUAUAAAUACGUUUUUAUUGCUUUUAUUAAACGGAUAACAGUGCGCGAUUGGAGUGUUUUUGUUUUAAGCAUCACAGCUAAUAUGUAUUUUAACCUCUCACACAGUACAUUUAUGGAGCAAUAUAACUGAAAUGGUUCGAUUUUAGUGUACGGUGUAUAAUGUAACUGACUCAGACUGUGUUGGAACAAACGGUUUAAUCCAGCGCACAUCGCGGCUGAUGUGUGAAUGCUUUUUGGCUGGCAGUAAAAAUCCUCUACUAAGAUGUCCUCGAGUGAAGAUGGUGUGAUCUUUGCACGCAGCUCAUGGCUGUGCUCAUCACAGAAACAGCUGUCUGAUGUUCUCACCACAACACAAGACAACAGUCCAAGCGAUGACUGCAGGGUUGAACAUGACAGGUGUGACCCUGUCUGUCUGGAGAGAGCCGAGGAGGGCUCUCCAUGUGUUCUCAGACUUCUGUGCACACCUCACCCUGCAUCUGUGAUCAGCAGUCUUCAGGUUAUCAGUGAAGCUCGCACUAUUGAAGUGUACUCACUGUCUGGAGAAUACUGUGGCACCUGCCGUGGAGAGGAAGUUCAAAAAUCACACACUGAUGGUUCUGAAGAUAAGAGGCAUUUCUACAAGAAUCAUCUGUUGCUAGAAAACCCUGUUGCAUCCUGUGAGAUCAAGCUGCUCUCUCUCGGUGGCCGCUCGUCUGUGGCUAUCACCCAUGUGGGUGUGGGACUGGAGACGCCCAAGGACAGACAAGGUGGGCCAAGUGUACACCCAGGCAUAGACCUUCAGCGUGUGCAGACUAUGAUGGAGGAGAUGGGCACCACACUUUCACCAGGAGCACAGAACCUCAUGGAGCUGGUGCAGUGUCAGCAAAAGAAUAAAUCAGACAUGCUCAGUGGGUUCAUUCCUCUGCUCAUGGGAGGAGGAGCUUUGAGCUGUCUGUCAAGAGGAGGUGGGGCUUCCAGUUCUGCAGGAGCGGAGUCAGGCCCAAAUCCACUAUCUGGCCUCGGGCAGCUUCUGUCUAGCAGCAAUCAUGACCAGAUACCCAGUGCCAUGUCUGCCCUGCUGAGCACCGACACAGGCACGAUCAACCCAGACCUGCUUCCAGUGCUGCAGAGCGUAUGCGGUCAGGUGACGCAGCUCCGACUGGAGGAAGUCACAUCUCCAGAGAGGAAGAAGAAUGGAGAACGGGAGGGUCAUAUAUGCUGUGGAGGGUUUGAGAAGAUUCUGGAGACGAUUGUAGAGAAGCGAAUGGAUGAGAUGGAGAGAAGAUUAAAGGAACAUCUGGACUUGCGUCUGGAUGCUCUUCAGCAGAGACUGGAGAUCACACUUCAGCAGGCGCUCUCUCAUAAGCAGCACCAGUACCAGUAACAACAUCCAUCAACACAGGACUAACCUAAACACUUUCAGCAAGAUCUCCGCCCUGAGCUUUUACUUCAAUGACAACUGUAUUAUUCUGUAUAAGUACAUUCAAAUCAUGUCAACCAUCCCUUUAUAACAAAAAAUGGUUCUAACAUUUUUGUUUUGCCAGCAGUCUCUACUGCUUUGUGUGGAAGUGUUUUACAGUUCCUAGAGACUGUACUGACUUGGUUUAUGUGGUAAUUAACAGCUUGACAAGUCAGUUCACUUACGUGAGUGAGUCCACAAACAGUAUCAGAUGACCUUCACAAAUCACAACUACUUGUUGAGCUGUUCUUAAUAACACUGUUGAUCCUGUAUGUAAUAAAUUAUUUUAUCUAAAAGAUACUACAAACAACGGCUGUACUGACAGUGUCAGGUAUUUGUCACUGUUAAUUGCCUUUGUGUAAAUGAUGUUCAUAUGUUUAAUACUCUUCAUACUGGAGAACCAAGGACAAAAAAAAAAAAAAAAACGAUAUUAAAAUAAUGCUUAUACUAAAGAAAAAUAUUAUGUAUCCAAUGAACUUGUCAUGUUUUUAUCCUGUCAAAUCUUAGUACAUCAUGUUGCGUGAUUUAUUUAAAUACUCUCCUCGCCCUAUAUGUUUUAACAUGAUAAUACUGUGAAAUGGCUUUCUAUUCUUGGCUGUGUGACAAUACAGAUUACUCAGGAUUUUAGUUCCUGUAAUGACUGUUUGAUGCAGGAAAACAUGGUAACAUUUGCACGAUAUGCAAACAAGAUUUUAAAAAGGGACAUCAUUUCCAUAAAAUAUGCAUAGGACAAAGACCCAUGACUGGCAGAUCAACGUGCUGUUUGUUUUUUCUCCAAUACAGUAGGAAGAAUCA